AUGUACUAUGAAUUAAUGGCCAUUUCACGGAUAUCAGAUCCGUUGAAAACAAACAAAGAGGCUACCAAGAUUGUUUCGACGUUAGGAAAAUUGAUCUUAAAUAAUAGAGGGAUAAUUAGAGACAUAACAAGUUUAGGACCAAGAACGUUACCGAAAAUUGUAUCCAAAGAUCAGGAAAGACAUUUUCAAGGAUAUCAUUUCUUAAUGGGAUUUGAUGUGUCAUCCAAUGUUCAACAAGAAUUGUUAAGAACUUUGAGAAGAGAUCCAAGAGUUUUAAGAGCUAACAUCAUUAAACAAGAUAUGAGUAGAAAAUUGAAUACUGGAACUUCAUUCGAAAGAGCGUUUAGUAGUACGCCAAAAUAA